AUGGCCCCUUCCUUCCCUCUUGAGCAUUUUCUGCUUGCAAAGAGAGCAGCAGGAGCAGUACCACCAGCAGCAGGAGCAGCAGCAAGAGCACGGACAGCAGCAGCAGCAGCAGCAGCAGCUCAAUGCCGCUGCUUCGGCAGCAGCAGCAGCAGCAGCAGAUGGAGUAAACAGCUAAGGAAAUCGGAUAUAUGCUCAGGUGUAUCUGUGUCUCCUUGUUAUCUGUCUCCUUACCAGAGACUAGUGCAGCGGCUAGCUAGGGAGAGACGCAGCAGGAUGCAGCAGCAAUUUGCUGCUGCUGCUGCUGAUGACGAUGAUGAUGAUGUUGAUGAUGAAGAUGAUGCUGCAGCAGCAGGAGCAGGCGUGUCUGGUGCUGCGGCUGCUGCAGCUGAUGCAGCAGAUGCAGGCAUGCCUACUGGUGCUGCUGGUGAUGCAGCAGCAACAGCAGCAGCAACAACACCACGCAAUUAUGCUAAUGCGUCACCUUGGGAGCAGCUAAAGGCAGCACUUGUGCUGCAGCAGCAGCAGCAGCAGCAAGCUAUUCUUGCAGUAGAAAGGCAACGAUCUGGUUCUCCUGCUGCUGCUGUUGCUGCUGCUGGUGCUGCUGCUCCUAUUAUACCUGCAAGGAGGGGACAAAGUCCUGCUGCUGCGCUGCUGCACAGCCGCAAGCAGCAGAAGUGGCAGAAGAAGCUGCAGAAGCUGCAGCAGAAGCAGCAGAAGCAGCAGCAGAAUCAGCAGCAGCAGCAGCAGCAGCAGCAGCAACAGCAACAGGAUCAUUCUGCGUUACAGCAGCACAAGAAAAGAGAUGCACUACAGCAUUAUGACAAUGACCAAGACAAUCAGCAGCAACUGCAGCAACUGCAGCAGCAGCAGCAGCAGCAGGUAGGCCUGCUGCAGCAGCAAGAUGCUGUGCUGCAGCAGAGGAAGGGACAGCUAAUUAAGCAAAUGUGGCUAAGUCUAAAAAAACACAAAAUUAAAUAUUUCGAGGCACUCCUACAGGAAUUAGAGUAA